AUAUCACUUGCUGUGCCAUAGCACAUGGAUUUCAGGACUGCCUGUGAAGAGACAAAGACAGGGAUUUGUUUGCUGCAGGAUGGUAACCAGGAGCCUUUCAAAGUGCGGCUGCACUUAGCCAAAGAUAUUCUGAUGAUCCAGGAGCAGGAUGUGAUUUGUGUGUCUGGUGAGCCUUUCUAUUCUGGUGAAAGAACAGUAACAAUUAGAAGACAGUCUGUAGGAGGAUUUGGAUUAAGUAUAAAGGGUGGAGCAGAACAUAAUAUUCCAGUGGUCAUUUCUAAGAUUUCCAAAGAACAAAGAGCGGAACUUUCAGGUUUGCUCUUCAUAGGAGAUGCAAUUCUACAGAUUAAUGGAAUUAAUGUGAGAAAAUGCAGGCAUGAAGAAGUGGUUCAGGUCCUUCGCAAUGCAGGGGAAGAAGUGACCCUAACUGUGUCCUUUCUGAAAAGAGCACCUGCUUUUCUCAAACUACCACUGAAUGAAGAUUGUGCAUGUGCCCCCAGUGACCAAAGCAGUGGCACAUCCUCUCCCCUGUGUGACAGUGGUUUGCAUCUCAACUACCAUCCCAACAAUACGGAUACAUUAUCAUGUUCCUCAUGGCCAGCAUCCCCAGGACUCAGGUGGGAAAAAAGGUGGUGUGAUCUCCGCUUAAUUCCACUUCUUCAUUCAAGGUUCUCCCAGUACCUUCCAGGAUCAGAUUUGUGCAGGCAAAAUGCGUUCCAAGUAAUUGCUGUGGAUGGAGUUUGCAGUGGAAUAAUUCAGUGUCUCUCUGCUGAAGACUGUAUUGACUGGCUACAAGCAAUAGCAAGUAACAUUUCCAACCUCACAAAGCACAAUAUUAAAAAAAUCAACAGGAAUUUUCCCGUAAACCAGCAGAUAGUCUACAUGGGCUGGACGGAAGAACGGGAACAGGACUCCCUUCAGGAUCGAAUGUACACACCAAAGUUUCUAGCACUGAGAGGAUCUUCCCUGUAUAAAUUUAUAGCACCUCCAGUCACAACCUGGGAUUGGACACGAGCUGAGAAAACAUUUUCAGUUUAUGAGAUAAUGUGCAAAAUUCUCAAGGACAGUGAUCUACUGGACCGGCGGAAACAUUGCUUCAGUGUCCAGUCUGAAUCUGGAGAAGAUCUUUACUUUUCUGUGGAAUUAGAGUCUGAUCUAGCACUAUGGGAAAAAGCCUUCCAAACAGCAACUUUUUUAGAAGUUGAACGGAUACAGUGCAAGACAUAUGCCUGUGUUUUAGAGAGUCAUCUUAUGGGACUCACUAUUGACUUUAGCAUGGGCUUUGUCUGUUUUGAUGCUGCCACAAAGGCUGUACUUUGGAGGUACAAGUUUUCCCAACUCAAAGGUUCUUCAGAUGAUGGAAAAAGCAAAAUAAAAUUUUUGUUCCAAAACCAGGAUACUAAACAAAUUGAAGCAAAGGAGCUGGAGUUUUCCAACCUGUUUGCAGUCCUUCACUGUAUCCACUCAUUCUUUGCAGCCAAAGUGGCUUGUUUGGACCCUUUGUAUGUAGGCAGUCAAGCCACAGCUUCUGCUGCUCCCACAACUUCUGGUACUGGCAAAUUAAAGUAUACCACUUGACAUCUCACAUUACUGCACUGCCACUUAACAGCAAGACGUAACAAUGUAUAGUCAUAAAAUGUAAACCUUUGGUGAACCAUGUAUGUGGAAACCAAUCCUGGAGGCAAAACAUCUUGCAGCAUCAGCAGAUAAAUGGUCACGUGGGAUCAUAAAUUCAUCUCUGUUCUGCAAGACAUCAGUAAAUAAUCCUAGUUGAAACCCCAGAAUAGGAUGGAUAUGCUUUUAGUAUGAUCUAUUUGUACUUACAUAGUGCUUUAAGCAACAUUGGAAGUGAAGGAAUAAAUGACAAAAUGAAGCACUUCAGUAUUUAAUAAAUUUUUCAAAUUCCUGUAAUAAUACACAAAUAGAAUUGUCAUUUUCCUGUUUUCAGAUGUUUUUUAUGACAAUAUGCUAAACUCUGAGUAUGAACUUAAUGCCCUAUCAUUAUGUUAUAAAUUGCAUAAGAGCAAGCAACGAGCAUAUAAUGCCUGGUGACAAGGAGAUAAGCUUGAAAAGACAUUUGUGUAAGUAUCUCCUCAAAUAAGAAAGCACUUUAAGCACUGUUGUAAAUCCAUACAUGACAUCAUGCUACUUUUUCUGUUUUGUUCUUUUAGUUUAACAGUAACAACAACAGCUAAGAGAUAGCCAUAUCAGACUAAUACAUUUUAAAAAGGAAAA